AUGUUCCAUAACAAAAGAGUGCUGCUGUCUUGCUGCAUACUGUUUACUUUUGCCGCGUUCAUAUUCGUGUGUAUCGCAACUGCAGGUUCAAGCUCCAAUUACAAACCCAUCACAAAUGUGUUCAUCGGUGAUGCAGGUAUCAAGCACAUCAACGUCACAAAAGUUAUCCCACCGUUGGAACCAGUAGUGGACGUGCUCAGCAGAGCACUUUUGGCCCCCGGUGCUGACCAACAAGCCAUCUUCGGCGCUUUGAAAAAUAUCUCAAAGACAAGUGUCCUAGCACCAUUCCUAACCAUCCUAGUCAACUCGCAAAACACGACCACUACGUUGAACGCCAUCACUAACUUGGCCCCUCUGGCGUUCACUUCAGGUGUCGGAUCCACAAAGGAGGAACUGGCAGGGAUCAACUCGCUGUUGGCAUCGUCGAAGGACGCUAACUCCACAGUGGACAACUUGCAAGACUUGCUGGACCAAGUGCUAAACAACAACUCCUCCUCCAUGGCCUCUUUGCAAAAGACAACUUUCGUCUUGUUGAAGGACUCUAAGGACCCAGUCGCUACAACGGAGUCCCUAGUUAAACUGAGCAGUCUCUCUCUAGCGGAUAUGGCGCCUCUAAUGCCAGCUUUCCAAAUCCUACAGGGCACCAAAAACAUCACGGGAUCGUUCGUCUCGCUAGAGACCCUCAUGAACGCUACGAUUCCAACCUCUUUGGCUCAAACUAUGUUUUCCACUAUAGAGACCCAGUUGGCAGCAGGUUCCAAUGUCGACGACAUCUUCGACAGACUUUCAGCAAUGGUACCACAAUCGCUAACAGGGUCAAUGGACGCUGUGAGGACGUUGCUUGUCUCUGCCAAUUCAGCAAACGCGACUCUUGGUUACUUGAGCUCGAUCUUGGCUGCUAACUUGACCUCUUCCCCCUCAGCUAAGAACGUCCUUGCCACGAUCUCCAAUCUGUACGACGACUCGAACAAUCAAACUUUGUUGUUGACCUCGGUCACUGGGUUGGUUUCCGCUGUCGGUAACAAGGACGUCGUCAAUGAAUUGACAUCCUUGGAUAAACUGAUCGAAGCCAGUAACACGCAAUCGGACACCGUUAACACUUUGAGUGACUUGCAAGACAUUUUGGCCACAGACACCUCAAACAACAAAUACAUCCCAUACUUGUUCGACAUGUUGCAAACGUCCAAGGACCCAGCGGCCACUUUCAGCUCCCUGUUGAACGUGACCCAGUUCGCUGCAGAAAAUAUGGCCAUGUUCACUCCAGUGCUAGGUCUCUUGGGGAGCGCCAUCCAGUCGCCAGAGGUCACCGACGAGCAAAUCUACGACGUGAUCCCACAGAUCUUGGAUUUCUUAAAUAUCCCAGCCAAAUUCAGAUUGUCCAUCUUCACCUUGUGUCACGUCUCUGACACAGGUAAAGUCCUCGACUGUUCCAAAUCCCACGCGGUCCAAAACUUGGAUUUCAGAAACAUCAUCUACGAUGCCCUAAUGAAAUCCGAUUUCAACCCAUACUUGACCGCCUUGGACAUCAGUGCGGACGACUUGGAAUUGAAGGGUAAGCUGUUGAACAAGGAACACAUGUACGUGCCAGCUGUCAAGGCUGUCCUGGCCAUGAAUCUGCUAUUCAUUAUUUCCACUUUUGCCAUCACCAUGUUCUUCAUCUACAUGUUUGUCAAAGUCGGUUCCUUCUCGCUAACCCACAGAGGUUGGUUCAUCCUAAUGGCUUUGUCUCUGUUCUGUCCCCUAUUCUCCGGUCUAGGUGCCACCAUCGUCGCAGCUAUGAUCACCAUGAUCAAGUCCGGUACCAAGCACGAUAGAUACAACGUCGUCUACACGAGAGGUGUCACUUACUCCGGGUUGACAUGGAGUGCCUUCACUCUAACCUUCAUCACGUCCAUGAUUGUCGGUUUGAUGUGGCUAAACCACUGGAAGGCGGAACAUAACCCAUUCGCGCACCAAGAACCAAACGCCGAGAGCACGGAGGGCUCCGGUGACAGCGACACCAGUUCUAAAAUCAGUAAGAACAAUGUGACCAACGUCGCUGAAAAAGUGUGA